UCGAGAGGGGCUGCGUGGAGGGAGGUCAAGGUGCACCAUUUGGGGCGGUGGGCAGGGAGGAGGGGGAAAGCGAGGACUCCCCUGUAGGUGCCCCCCAGCCUAUUCCCGGCUUUUUUGAGGAUGCAAUCCUGCCCUAUAGAUCUCAACUCUGCCCUACUGCUGGGCCCGUCUGCCUGUCCCCUCCCACAAGCUUGCUUUGUUUGGGACCAGAUUUCCAUAUCCCUCGAGAACAUUGGAAUUUUUGGUCAUGAAUAAAACGAUGUAUGUAAAUAGCAUACAAGCCCGGUUGUUUGAAAGUGCUGCCUUUUUCUUCCUUAGCUUGGAAUGUGAUCGAGAUAUUUUGGGGAGCAUGGAUGAAGGGAAACCAUCAGAAGUCUCACUGGAAAGAGCUGAGGAUCAGAAGUAUGAAUGGAAAUUGGGAAAUCAAGAUGGAGUAAACAGACAAGAGGGGAGACAAAUGCAGACGCUAGGGGAUGAAUCCAGUACUUCUCAAGGUGAUAAAAAUAAAAUUGAAGGGAGUACCCAUCACUUAAAGGAAAUAAGAAUGUCUCCUGUGAGCAAUAAAAUCUUAAGCUACCAAAAAGCCUUGAUCACAGAUCAGAGAAGACAAAAGAGAGGGAAAUCAGAUAUAUAUAUGGAGUGUGACAAAAGCUUCAGUUACAGUGGUGCCGUUUGUUUACAUGAAAUAACGCAUACAGGGAACAAUCCUUAUAAAUGCUUGGAGUAUGGAAAGAGCUCCAGUCUUAGUAACCCCCUUACUAGACAUGAAAGAAUUGAUAAAGGGAACAAACAUAAUUGCUUGGAGUGUGGAAAGAGCUUCAGUCAUCACGGCCACCUUAUUUCACAUAAAAAAUUUCAUACAGGGCACAAAAAAUACAAAUGCUUGGAGUGUGGAAAGAACUUCAGUCGAAGUAGCUCCCUUUGUACACAUCAAACAACUCAUACAGGGGACAAACCUUAUAAAUGCUUGGAGUGUGGAAAGAGUUUUAGUGACAGUGGCACCCUUACUAGACAUCAACGAACUCAUACAGGGGACAAGCCUUAUAAAUGUUUUGAGUGUGGAAAGAGCUUCAGUCAGAGUGGCAACCUUACUUCACAUCAAAAAAUUCAUACAGGGCACAAACCACAUGAAUGCUUUGAAUGUGGAAAGAGCUUCAGUGAAAGUGGCAACCUUACUAGACAUCAAAGAACUCAUACAGGGGAUAAACCUUAUAAAUGCUUGGAGUGUGGAAAGAGCUUCAGUCGAAGUGGCUCACUUAGUACACAUCAAACAGCUCAUACAGGGGACAAACCUUAUAAAUGCUUGGAGUGUGGAAAGAGGUUCAGAGACAGUGGCACCCUUACUAGACAUCAAAGAACUCAUACAGGGGACAAACCUUAUGAAUGCUGGGAGUGUGGAAAGAGCUUCAGUCAGAAAUGCCACCUUACUAGACAUCAAGCAACUCAUACAGGGGACAAACCUUAUGAAUGCUUGUUGUGUGGAAAGAGCUUCAGUCUGAGUAGCCGCCUUAGUUCACAUCAAAAAAUUCAUACAGGGCACAAACCAUAUGAAUGCUUUGAAUGUGGAAAGUGCUUCAGUCAAAGUGGCUCACUUAGUACACAUCAAACAGCUCAUACAGGGGACAAACCUUAUAAAUGCUUGGAGUGUGGAAAGAGGUUCAGCCAGAGUGGCAACCUUACUAGACAUCAAAGAACUCAUGCAGGAGACAAACUUUAUGAAUGCUUGGAGUGUGGAAAGAGCUUCAGUCUGAUCAGCCACCUUACUUCACAUCAAAAAAUUCAUACAGGCAACAAACCAUAUGAAUGCUUUGAAUGUGGAAAGAGCUUCACUGAAAGUGGCACCCUUACUAGACAUCAAAGAACUCAUACAGCGGACAAACCCUAUAAAUGCUUGGAGUGUGGAAAGUGCUUCAGUCGAAGUGGCUCACUUAGUACACAUCAAACAGCUCAUACAGGAGACAAACCUUAUAAAUGCUUGGAGUGUGGAAAGAGUUUUAGUGACAGUGGCACCCUUACUAGACAUCAACGAACUCAUACAGGGGACAAGCCUUAUAAAUGUUUUGAGUGUGGAAAGAGCUUCAGUCAGAGUGGCAACCUUACUUCACAUCAAAGAAUUCAUUCAGGGGACAAACCUUAUAAAUGCUUGGAGUGUGGAAAGAGCUUUAGUUGCAGUGGCACUCUUACUUCACAUCAAAGAACUCAUACAGGGGACAAACCUUAUCAAUGCUUGGAGUGUGGAAAAAGCUUCACUGAAAGUAGCACCCUUACUAAACAUCAAAAAAUUCAUACAGGGCACAAACCAUAUGAAUGCUUUGAAUGUGGAAAGAGUUUCACUGAAAGUCGCACCCUUACUAGACAUCAAAGAACUCAUACAGGGGACAAACCUUAUAAAUGCCUGGAGUGCGGAAAGAGCUUCAGUCUGAUUAGCCACCUUACUUCACAUGCAAGAACUCAUACGGGGGACAAACCUUAUACAUGCUUGGAGUGUGGAAAGAGCUUUAGUCAGAAAUGCCACCUUACUUCACAUGCAAGAACGCAUACAGGGGACAAACCUUAUAAAUGCUUGGAAUGUGGAAAGAGCUUCAGUCAGAAAUCCCACCUUACUAGACAUCAGAAAACUCAUACAGGGGACAAACCUUAUGAAUGCUUUGAGUGUGGAAAGAGCUUCAGUCUUAAUGACCUUCUUACUAAACAUCAACGAACUCAUACAGGGGACAAGCCUUAUAAAUGCUUUGAGUGUGGAAAGAGCUUCAGUCAGAAUGGCAACCUUAUUAAACAUGAAAGAAUACAUACAGGGAACAAACCUUAUGAAUGUUUCGAGUGUGGAAAGAGCUUCACUCAGAGUGCUGACCUUACUAAACAUCAAAGAACUCAUACAGGGGAGAAGCCUUAUAAAUGUGUUGAGUGUGGAAUGAGUUUCAGUAGCAGUAGCACCCUUACUAGACAUCAAAGAGUUCAUACAGGGGGCAAAUCAUAUAAAUGUUUGGAGUGUGGGAAGAGUUUCAGUCGGAGUGGAAACCUUACUUCACAUCAAAAAACUCAUACAGAGGAGAAACCUUAUAAAUGAUUGCAGUGUGGAAAGUUUCAUUCGGGAUGGACAUCUUCAGGCACGUGAAAUGAUCCAUACAGGGGAAUAGCCAUAUAAAAACUUUGAAUGUGGCAAAGCUUUAAGAAGAGUUGUAGUCUUUCUGUACAUCAAAGGACCCAUACAGAGGCGAAGUCAUAUUAAUGUUUGGAUCACAACCUUGCUACAUAUUUAAAAAAUCACACUGGGGGAAAACCAUGCAGCUGUCCACAGUGUGGAAAAAGUUUCAUCCAAUGUAUCUUCCGUAUUUCGCAUCACAUGGAACAGCUUUAAUCAGAUGGUGUUUCUUGCUUCACAUCAAAGAAUCCGUAAAGAGGAGAAACUGUGAAAUGCUCAGAGAAUGGAAAGAGCUUUGUUAGAUACUCAGACGCUAUAUUAAAUACUCAUGAAUACCUCCAUUGGAGAGAGAGGAAUAAUAGUUACAUUCACACUGGUGGGAAACUUUGUCCAUUCACUUCUUAGUGAACCUCUCCUACAUAAUAGAUGCCUGUAGAAGAUACCAAUGGAAGGAAUUGUUAGAAAUGUUUGAACUGUUAGGAAGGUUUCAGUUAAGAUUGUUAUUGAGCUCAGUUUUGGGGGCAAAACUGUGAGGAUGGUGAAGGUGAAGUGGACUGAAGGAGCUGUGGAGUGGAAUGGAAUAGUGAAGUUGCUACUCAAUGUGACUAGUUUGUUGUUGUUAUGUGCCUUCAAGUUGAUUACGACUUAUAGUGACCCUAUGAAUCGAUGACCUGCAGUAGCAUCCGUCAUGAACAAUCCUGUUCAGAUCUUGUAAGUUCAGGUCUGUGGCUUCCUUUAUGGAAUCAAUCCAUCUCUUGUUUGGCCUUCCUCUUUUUCUACUCCCUUCUGUUUUUCCCAGCACUAUUGUUUUUUUCUACUGAAUCAUGUCUUCUCAUCAUGUGUCCAAAGUAUGAUAACCUCAGUUUCAUCAUUGUAGCUUCUGGUGAUAGUUCUGGUUUAAUUUGUUCUAACACUCAGUUAUUUGUGUUUUUCACAGUCCAUGGUAUGCACAAAGCUCUCCUCCAACACCACAUUUCAAAGGAGUUGAUUUUUCUCUUACCUCUUUUUUCAGUGUCCAGCUUUCACAUCCAUACAUAGAGGUCAGGAAUACUAUGGUCUGAAUGAUCCUGACUUCAAUGUUCAGUGAUACAUCUUUGCAUUUGAGGACCUUUUCUAGUUCUCUUAUAGCUGCCGUCCCCAGUCCUAGCCUUCCUCUUUCUUGACUAUUGUCUCCAUUUUGAUUAAUGUCUGUGCCAAGGUAUUGAUAAUCCUUGACAAGUUCAAUGUCCUCAUUGUCAACUUUAAAGUUACAUAAACCUUUAUUGUAAUUACUUUAGUCUUUUUGACGUUCAGCUGUUGUCCUG